UCACCGAACACCUCUCUUAUAUUUUCUAUAAAUCAUUGCCCUAAUUUUACUCAUUUCUUCGAUCCCCAAUUUUCUUAUCUCAAUUUCUCUCAAAUUGUUCACAUACCUGUUUUUUUUCGUCAAUUCGUUUAUUUAUUCGUUCAAUUCGCUUUCUUCCCUAUUCAUCGAUCCUACUUUUUUUGUUUGCCGUUGAUUUUUUCAUUUCUAGGGUUAGGGUUCAUUUAAACUUUCAAUUCUGUUAUUUCGAAGAGGGUCGUUGCCCGAUCUGUAACUCUGAGCUUGUAUAUUAUUUUUCCGAGGCAAGAAUUUUCUGGGUUAGAUUUUUGUUUCUUUGAAAUUUUGAAAAAUUAAAUUUCUGUUACCUGUAAAUUGAAAUAAAAUAUCGGGAUCUUGUAUCUUGGUUUGUAAUUCUUUUAUUAAAUUUAUAGCCUUUUUUUAUCGGUUCAGUUGAUAUUAUCAAUUCGCAGCUGCCAUUCCUCAGAUAAAAAAUGAUUCACAAACGGUCUUUUGUUGAUGAGGAUUCAUGUGGGCUCGCUUGUAAGCAGCCUAGAUACCUGGAACACUUUGACCAUCUUGCCUCAAUUGUUCCCCUGGAUGAUGCUGACAUGCAACCUAUUGUUUCAGGUGAGAACAUCAAGUGGCAAGAUGUUGAGAGGUCUGCAGAUGAUUUAGCCAUAGCAGUUUCAAAUGAGGCGAAUAACUUUGAAAGUGAUGCUUCUGGAAGCUUUCCCCAUUUCCUUUGGAUCAACAAUGGAAUUCUUGAGGCAGAUAAUCUCUCAUUGUUUCCAGAAUAUUUCGAUCAUGGACACCAGCUAAGGCCUAUAUUUCAACCAGAUGAGGGAUUGUCAUCUCUUGAUUACCCUUUUCAGAAGCCAGUUCCUAUUGGACCUGAGCAUCAAGUUUUUGUUCCAGAUUGGGAGGGUGCCGAUGCAUUUUCUAGUGAACUACAUACAUCUAAUCCUGAGGAUGUCACUGCACAAUCAUCUAGCUCUAGUAUCAUUGCUAAUGAUGGUUGCAAGGAGAGACUGGUGGGCACUUGUGUUCUUCCUAUGCCAGAUUCAGAAGUACAUGCAACUGAUGGGUGUGAAGGCAUCAAAAGUGAGUGUAGCUGUCUUGAUCGGAGGUCUAUUGAAUGUGUAAAACAACAUAUCAUGGAAGUUAGACAAAAACUUAGGGAGAACCUUGGCGAGGAGAUAUUUGAGGGUCUGGGUUUCUGUGACAUGGGGGAAUUUGUUGCAAGCAAAUGGACUGAAGAGGAAGAGCAAGUCUUCCUUGAUACUGUUCUAUCAAACCCUGCAUCAUUUGGCAAGAAUUUUUGGGAUCACCUGUCAGUAGCAUUCCCAUGCCGAAGAAAGAGCGAGCUUGUCAGUUAUUAUUUUAAUGUAUUUAUGCUUCGAAAACGUGCCGAGCAGAAUAGGUUUGACCCGCUAAACAUUGACAGCGAUAACGAUGAGUGGCAUAAAAGUGAAGCUGGAGAGGCAGAAGAAGAUGAAGAUUCUGCAGUGGAAUCUCUAAAUGAACAAGCUCCUGUUUAUCACGACGGCCAUGCAUUUAAUUGCAAUGAACACAUCGAGGAGGAUGAAGAAACAGAUGCCUCCAAGGAGAGUGCUGAUGAGAUUGAGAGAGUUGCAACUGAUGAGGAAUAUGAGGGAGAUUUAGAUGAUGUUUCAGCAGUGCAUAAUGGUAUUUUCACUGUUGGUUGUGGCAGGGAUACAGGCUGUAAGCAUUUCAAAGAGUUCCCUAAUGAGAAUGCAAAUGAUUUGGACAUAGAAGAUGAUUCUUGUACAUCAUAUGAGUAUCAUAGAGACAAUGUGGAUUGUGGGGGUCCACUUUUUAUGGAAACAGAUGGAAGGCAUUCAAGUCGAGUGUGAUACAGUGAAAGAGAACACGCCAUUGUGACGGGAAAGAGGUUACUUGGGAUAUGUACAGUUUAAGCUUGGACAUAACCAUCAUACAUGAACGAGUUAAUUAUGUUUCUUUUACAAGCCUGUUAUACAAGCUUCUUAAGGAGCACACUGGAUAUAGUGCUGGAUGGAUUAUGGUGGCAAUCACAGUGGAGGUGUGAUUGUUUUCAUACAUUCUAUUGAAUAUCUGGCUUAGGUAGGCAUCAAAUCCUAAUGCCUUUCAGGAAUAAGGUUAAAAUAAGAACGAUUUCAGAUUGACAGCUAAACAGUCCGCAUCUGCCUUUUGCUUAAAAAAAUUCGAAAAAUCUAGGGGUACAAGUUUUUAUGGAUGUUCCGAAGGAAGCCAUGGAAAUUCACGUAGGUGUAGGUUGUGAAUCUUUGAGUUCGACUCGGAUAGUGUUCUUUUGUGCAGACAAGUUCCCCGGGAAGUAAAUAUCUUUUAACUCAGCCUUCAAAAAGCUAUGAUAUGCAAUGGCAUUGCAUUGUAAAUGUAUUUUCUUAUGAGCUUAUUGUAAUCGAUGUUGGUGUUCUGUUUUAUCAAUCGGUAUUUGUUGUGUAA